UUACGCUCCCUUCGUGUUUUUGUCACUGCGGCCACCUUCCUUUGUUGCUCUUCUUCACUUUCAUUCGAAAUAAUCCAAUCCAUUUACACACAAACAACAAAAAAAAAAAGAAGCAGAAAUCGAAACUGCAUAAUGUCACCGUACGAGUAUCCGAGGUUAUCACGUCCCGAAAUCAUCACUGCCCUCAAGGAUGCUCAGAUUGCGAGCAUUACGGACGACGAUUUCAAAAACCCUACUCUCGACUUCGUCUCUGAGCUUUACAUCAGACUUCUUAUCUAUCUCGACGUCCUCAAAGAAGAAGAGAAAGGGCAAGUCGAUUUUGAGGCUUUGCAGGAAUUGGAGAAUCCAGAUCAUCAUGUCACCUCACUGCAAUAUUCGGAUCUCUAUUGCAAAGUGAAAGAUAUGCUAGAUAUGGUGGAGUGUCCAUUACUGAUGAAUUACAAGGAUCUGAUACGCCCCGAACCAUCCCGGACCGAGUUUUUCAUCAGUUCAUUUGUGAACUAUGCUCUACACAGAGAUUCAAAAAUGAAUAAAAUAAAAGAAAAGGCUGAGGAGUUGACUCUCCUUGAUGAGGAGCGGAAGCAGUCGGAGGCACAGAUUGCCCAGUUGAAUGCAGAGAUUGGAGAAUUUGAUGAAGCCGUUGAAAGGGAUUUACCCUUUGUCCAAGAGCUAGAAGCGAGCAUUGAAGAACUCAAUCAGACUAUAUUAGGACUGAAUAAUCAGCAGAUGUCACUGAGAGCUACCUUCCAACAAAUGAGAGAGAAGAGUACACAGAUGGAUAACGAGAUUUCCAAAGCAGAGUUUGAUCUUGUGCAAACUGUCCAACCAAAUGCAAACCUCCGCUCACAAAUUGUUCAAUCUCCAGACAAAUUGCAGGGAGCUUUAGAAGAGAAGAAGAUAGUACUUGGGGAAACAAAGAAAGCUGAGCAAUCAGCACUGGAAACUUUCCAGGAAAAGGCUGCCAUUCUUGAGGUUUAUGAAAAGGCCUUCAAGAAAAUUUCAAAGUCAUCUUCGCAACUGCAAUUAAUUAACGAACAGGUAACCAAUGCGAAAGCUGUUGAGAAAGAAUUCAAAGCUCUUAAAGCUAAGUUGAGCGAAGAUGGAGUAGUGGACAAAUCAGUUGAGGCGAAAGUGGUUGAGCGGGAAAGAAAAGUGGGACAGUUGAACGAAUCAUUGAAACAAUUAGAGAAAGAAAAAGCUGUCAUGUUUGAUGAUUGGACAAAACAAUUGAAUAACCUAAACGUGGAGGUUGAAUCCAGAAGACGUGAACUUGAAGCCAGGCAAACGGAUGUGGAAUCAGUAGUAGCUGUGGUUGAUGACAAUACUGCCAAGAUUAAGCAGGUAAGACAGUCAGGAGAAGCUAAAGUGAAACAUUUAGCCGCUAAAUAUGAAGAGAUCGUGAAGCAGUUUCGUGAAUACGAGGUGUCCUUUGAUGCGCUUCUACCAAGUCUAUGAUUGAGCUAAAUUAAGGUAGGGAGAGAGAGAGAGAGAGCUUGUAAUGACCACAUUUCCUCUUCAAAUGGGUUAAAAGAGUGAUUAGAUAUUAUUUGCUACAAAGACGAAAAGACAUUACUAAUGUGAUUGUAUAAAACUGGGAAAACUUUUAUGUUGACGAGGGAGAUCGAACUGGUGACCUCAAACACAAAAACAAAAACAAAAACAAAAGAAGCAUGGAGUAAUAGGAAGGCUGUAAUGGUA